AUGAAACUCAUGUUGGGACUGUUGGGACUGGUGUGUUUGAUGGUUGUGGCCCUCGGGGCUGGCAACGAUGAUGAAGACCUCUUCACUGCUGAGUCUGCUAAUCGAGGAUUCGGCCAUGGAGGCUAUGGGGGAUAUGGAGGCCUGGGGGGCUAUGGAGGUUACGGAGGCUACGGUGGCGGCUAUGGAGGCGGCUAUGGAGGCUAUGGGGGAGGAUUCGGAGGUUUCGGACAUCAUCGUCCCCAUCAUUUUGGCUGA